UUUUCUACCCUACAAGCUAUAAGAAGCCAUUUGGUGACAUUUAUUAAUUAUAUUCCUGAAAGCACAUGGACUAACAUUCAUUCUAUGCCCAGGGCUAAUCCAUGAGUUGCAUGGGUAACUUCACAAAGCCCAGCAUGGCUCCCAGAGUCGUCCUUUUGUCUCAGUCUGCUGUGCUGGCCACCCUGUGGCUGAUUAGCCUUUCUUUCCCAACUCUGUGGCCCCAGUCAUCAAUCAGCUGUUCCCAUAAGAGUCCCUGCCACGGGGCCCUACUCUCUGGCAACGAGAUUGUCCUGAAGUGUGAUCAUCCAGGGGCACUCUGGUAUUUCUCCUCCAUUCUCGAGGAGGCUCUCUUCCUGAUCAAUUCAAUGCAUAAUAUAAAGAACCUGCCUGGGGGCAGCCUGCAGUUGAUCAACCCUCAGCCUUCCCAGUCUGGCCUCUAUAGUUGCCAGGACAAUCACAAUACCCUCAUAGUGGAAUAUGAGAUUGACUUCCAAGAUGUCACCACCCUGCACAUUACACACAAAACUUUGGACCAACAGCCCCUGCAGAAUGAGACCCUGAUGCUAGGAGGCAAGGUGCUCAUCUUCACCCAGUGGGAGCCCUGGCAGGACUGUAACCACUGUGGGGUGCCCGGUGAGUGAAAGGGCCUGGGCUAUUGCUUCGUUGAGGAGCCCCAGGAGAAACUCAUAUCCUGUGGACUCUAUGUGAGAGAGGAGAAGCUGGCACACAGCCACUUGAGACCUGAGCUGCAGCUAGAAGCCUGUCUCAUACCCUAUGACCCUGCUAAGGAAAUGGAACAGCCAUACUUCAUCUUUGACAUUUACCAGCUGGGCAAGUUGACUGACAACAUGUGACUUACCUGGCCCUUGGCCUCCAUCUACAGUUGUGUAGGUCUGAAACCAUCGAGGAUAAGUUCCAGGGUGAGUCUGGCCAAAUGCAACCUGCAGUGGUCCCCACACAGGACAGAGACAUGACUGAGAGGCCCCAGACUUAAGGAGCCAGGCCUCUACUACUGCUGGAAGGAAAACAGCCAAGUGACCCAGUUCAAGAUUGACUUCCAAGAUGUCCACUCCCUGUACAUUACACACGAGAACCUGGACAAGAAGCCCUUGCAGAAUGAAAG